AUGAAUCUCAUUUUGCUGCUGAAGGAGGAUAUUGCAAUAGUAAAUGGAGAGGCAGUCGCUGCCCUCACUGGCCGCAAACACCGCCAUUGUCAACAAGUACUAAAAGUUAAGGUUGGUGCUCGUGUUCGUGUUGGUGUAGCCAAUGGAGGAGUAGGUGAAGCUGAGGUCAUCUCCUUUGAUCAGGAGAAGACAAAAAUAAAACUGCUGCAGCGAAUCGACCUGAUGGCUGCAGAGGUUCCUUCUUGCGGCGUUGAGUUGGAUAUUCUCCUCGCGAUGACCCGCCCUAAGGUGCUCGAACGCAUACUGCAGCUCUGCGCUGUUGUGGGUGUCCGGCGGAUAUUUUUGGUUUGCGCUGAGAGGACGGAGAAGGGGUUUUUCUCUUCUUCUCGCCUGGCUGCUGAAAACCUCCUCGAGCAGCUUGUCCUAGGCCUGGAGCAGGGAAUGGUGACGACCCCCCCUGAGCUGCAUGCGUUUGCUUCUUGGGAAGGUUUUAUGGCAGCCACGAAUGCUGCUGCAGCAAAAGCAGCAGCAGAAGGGGCAGCAGGAGCAGCAGCAACAGCAGCAGCAGCAGCAGGAACGGCAGCAGCAGGGGCAGAAACAGAAACAGCAGAGUCUGAGACAAAAGAUGCAGCAGCAAGAGGCAGUGAGGGAGCGGAUCCCUUCUCCCAUUAUUUGCUGCCUCCGCUGCGCCUAGUCGCCCAUCCCCACACGCAGGCCACCCUUCCCCAACUUCUUCUGCGGCCUGCUGCAGAGGCGGCGACUCAGCAGCAGCAGCAAAAGCAACAGCAACGGACUGGCGUGUUGCUAGCUGUUGGUCCUGAGGGCGGCUGGGUACCUUCCGAGAUGCAGCUGCUGCAGCAGCAGCUGCGGUGUCUGCCAUUUCGUCUGACAGACAAAGUUCUUAAGUGUGAAGCUGCCCUAACUGCCUGUAUAACGCAAUUAACCCUCUGCUACGAAGACCCCGUGCUGACGCCGCUGCUGCGCUCCCCAGAUGAAGUAUACAAAGCAGCAGCAGCAGCAGCUGCUGCUGCUGUCGCUGAUGAUGUUGGUAACGGUGAUGCAGCUGAGGCUGCAGCGCAGCCGAGAGAGGUCCCCAGACGCCAAGGGGAACGAGAGACGCUGAGGGCCCCAGGGGGAUUCCUUAUGACGUUCCCUCGCCGAUACACCACACGCAGAGAUAUACCGCAGCAACAGCAGCAGCAGCAAGAGGAACAUGAGUCUUCAUAG